AUGACUGGUGGCAGACGGAAGCCCACGGAGAUACUUUGGUACAAAAAGUCACGAGUUACAAAGAUCUCUGAAGAUGUUGAUGACCACCAGAUGACUUUGUAUCAGCUCUUAUCUCACUGGCAAAAGUGUUGGAACAGUGACCGAAAACCCAGUACGUGUAAGAAUGUCUUCCUGCCCCAGAACCCCAAUGAGGGGCCCGAGCGUUGCCGCGGUCUAGACGGCUGGACCCUGAAAAGACAAGCCUGGCUGGAUUCGCACCGUCGACCGCAAUCAGCCUGGCCAGAUCCCAUCCUCGGUACGGACGUGUGGGUAUGGGCACGGGUGGGCUGGUGGAACGGCCGGUUCGGCGUUUCCACCGGGGGCUUUUACCAAAGCGAUACCCAGCCCCUUCUGCAGAACAGAAAGCGACAAGGCAGGGCUCUCGGGAGCCUAGUUAUUCUGUACUGGCUAAUCAGUCAAGUCUGGGACCAUCGUGGUCCCAGACAAUACAACAGUAGUGGCUACAAUCACGAAUAUGUACAGGGCCUACCGAGCUGACGCGAGGUAGAUCUGGACGGUGGCUGAAGCACCAUCGACUGACGUGUGGCUCAACUCUGCCCCGUCCUUAGGUAUAUCACUGGACACGUUGGUAUGUUCACCUCGUGUGUCACAGGGAGUUGAAUAGAACUGGUGUGGCUGGCGAGAUCGAUGUGGGGAAAAGGCGGUGAGC